AACAUGUAAACACAAGUACAACAGCGGCUGGUUCUGAUUGCUACUGAAGGCUGUCUUAGCUGUUUAAUUUAAGCUUAGUUAACAGUUUGGUUAUUCCGAAUAUAAUUGAGUUGGAAAGGUGAUAACGGUGUUAAGACCUAAACUAAGCGCGUUUGGGAAAAUAUGAGUUGUAAGCGGUCAUUUCCCCGUGUCAACGUAAAAGGCUAAUAGUGUUAGCUUGUAGAUGACGUAUAAGAAAGAAUGUUUGCCUCUUUGACCCUCAUCGUUGGCCGUGUAAGCCUUGACGUGAUGUAAAGUAGCUGUUAAAUUCUAUCUGUGUCUGUUAAAACUAUCCGAUUGUUCUCUUAAUUUAUUGGCAAUGGCUAAUUUCAUAACAUAAAUCACAAUUAGCUUGUCAGGGAAGUGAGCUCGCAAAUGGUCGCUAAUCAGCUGUCAAAAGCGAGCUAGCUGCGAGCUGCCAUCAAGCUGUUUAUUUGAUCAUCCGGAGAUUUGCCAAGAAGUUCAUCGAGAUUUAUGCAUUUAUUGUCAUCACAUGUUGACUGAAAGCAGGAAAAGGCAGCUGAAUGCUGGUGAUGAGAGUGGCCACCUGGUUCCUCAAGCCAAAAGGCAGAACCGAGCUCACCCUCUCUCUCCUGAGCCAGGACGGGAUGCCUGGGACUCUGAGUCAUCUAACAGCGAGAGCAGCCUCAGCAGUCCAGAGCAUGCGUCUGGGAGCUGUAGCAGCAGCCGCUGCGCUGCGGGCCCCUGCAGUCCCCUUAGCUCCAGCGAGUCCUCCGACCAGGGGGGCCCCACGCAACCGGGGUCCUACCUGCACAUCAACCGCAUCCUGAGGGAGGCGCACUUUCAGAGCCUGCAGAGCCGAGGCCACGUCCGAGAGACGCUGUGACCUCGUUCCGUGUCCCCCAAGACGACCUGAUCAGGUAUCAGGGCUUCAGAGAAUCAGCAAUAAGAACUGUGACCACAGUGGUCUGGUCAUGCUGCAAUUACAGUGUGAUGCUUUUAAUAGCACGCACAUGGUGGGAGCUGCCAAAAAUCUUCCAAGUUUAGGCCGGUCACUUUUGACUCGUUUAGUCUCCAAGUAGGAUGUUUGACUGGUAUGAAGUCUCAGGGAGGUCGUAGGUCUCAACCUUUCUGUCCAUUUUCUCAUAGUUAGCUCCAAAACGUGAUUCCAGACAAUGAAAAGUCCUAUCACUGCAAUCGUGGCGCACUUCCAUUCUCUUCAAUUUCAGCAUGUUGCUGCACAGCCCACAUGACAGAGCAACCGAUAAAUAAUUAAUGACUUUGUUUCACAAAUGAUAAAAGCAGCCCCUAGUGCGCCUGCCUAUACAUUGGACUCGUUAUUUCAGGUCUGUGCACUGAUCCCAAAACCCAGGAGAAAGCGCAGCUCAGCUUUCAAGAGUUUUUUCCAUUGUUAUAUUUUUUGUAUUUAGUGUUCAUGGUGUCAUGCCAUUGACUCCUCUCUUGUAAAUCAUAUCAGAAAUAAAAUGUUUUCAAAAA